GGUAGAAUCCGGAAGCCUGUACGGCGAAGGGGCGGGGCCAAAACUGCGCGCCCAAUCGGGGUGACGCUCUAGUCUUGCCGGGGACUCGGGUAACUUGCUCUAGGGAGCCAGCGGUAUGGCGUCGGGCUGCAAGAUUGGCCCGUCCAUCCUCAACAGCGACCUGGCCAAUUUAGGGGCCGAGUGCCUCCGGAUGCUAGACUCUGGGGCCGAUUAUCUGCACCUGGAUGUAAUGGACGGGCAUUUUGUUCCCAACAUCACCUUUGGUCACCCUGUGGUAGAAAGCCUUCGAAAGCAGCUAGGCCAGGACCCUUUCUUUGACAUGCACAUGAUGGUGUCCAAGCCAGAACAGUGGGUAAAGCCAAUGGCUGUAGCAGGAGCCAAUCAGUACACCUUUCAUCUCGAGGCUACUGAGAACCCAGGGGCUUUGAUUAAAGACAUUCGGGAGAAUGGGAUGAAGGUUGGCCUUGCCAUCAAACCAGGAACCUCAGUUGAGUAUUUGGCACCAUGGGCUAAUCAAAUAGAUAUGGCCUUGGUUAUGACAGUGGAACCGGGGUUUGGAGGGCAGAAAUUCAUGGAAGAUAUGAUGCCAAAGGUUCACUGGUUGAGGACCCAGUUCCCAUCUUUGGAUAUAGAGGUCGAUGGUGGAGUAGGUCCUGACACUGUCCAUAAGUGUGCAGAGGCAGGAGCUAACAUGAUUGUGUCUGGCAGUGCUAUUAUGAGGAGUGAAGACCCCAGAUCUGUGAUCAACCUAUUAAGAAAUGUUUGCUCAGAAGCUGCUCAGAAACGUUCUCUUGAUCGAUGAAACCAUAAGGAGCCCAGUGUUUCUGUUCAUGAAAUCUCCCUUUUACUGGAAAACAGGAAUAUUGACUACCAAAUCAUAAUGCAAUUGAAGCCGUACUGCUUUUUUGAGCAGUUAUUCAUUCCAGUGAUUAAAACUGAUUGUGCAGAAUAUUCUAAGAGGUCAGAAAUUGGUGUGUAUAACUACAUUUUUAGUGAUGCAAUUUAAUGAUUAGUGAGUAAGAUACUGUUUUUAUUGAGAGAUUUGAUUUUUAUAAAGAGUAAAAAUACGGCUGCUUUAAGGUUACAAACAGAAAAGUGUCUUAAUGUCUAAGGAGGGCAUAUUAGUUACACUACAAAAACAAAUUUUGUCUGUACUUCUGAAAAGAAUUUUGUUGUUUCUCAGCUGUUUUCCAAAAGCAAAGGAAGUCUUUAUGGUUUUUUUCUGUUUCAUGUUAUUUGUGAUUUGUCUGUAAGUUUGGGUGGGGUGGCAUACCAUAUUCUUGGUUCUUAAAAUCUAUCACUUUUCACCUUACACUUGAUGUGUAAAAACUACAAAAACAAUGUGUGAAACCCAGGGGUUCUAAAAUACAAGCAUAGAUUUUAUCAGGGUGUUUUGUCAAAGCAGGUUAUUCAGUGAUUCCUCCCCACCAUUCUUAAGAAUGUUAAAUAAUGCUGUUGUAUAAGCUCUGAGUAGAAAGGAAAAAGUGAAACGUCUAUUUGGAAGUAAUACUGGGUUGAAUUCUGACUGCCCCUUUCUAGCUGGACCUUUAACAAAUCACCCAAUCUUUCGUGUGUUUCUCUGAAGUCAUUUAUACAUUAAAUGUAAUUAUAACAACUGUGGGGUUCUGUUGAGAAUUAAGAGGUAACACUAUAUAUGUAAAGUUUCCGGUACUAGUCCCAGAAUUUAGAAUAUGCUCAAUACAAAGUAGCAUUGUAUAAGUUUAUAUUUUUGUGAGUUAUAAAGUACUUUGAUAUAUUCUCAUUAAAUCUGUAAAUCACCUCUAUAAGUAAGUGGUAAUAAUAAAGCAGAUAUUUUUGUCCCCAUUUAAAAAAUGAAGAAAUUACUGCUCGAUAGGGUGGUACCUGGAAAGGAUCUGGGAGGUGGUAGAAUUUCUGGUCUGUACUUUUACAAAUGGAGCCCUUGGGAGGUGGGUUAGGUAAAAGAAGCUUUUUACUUAACAUUGUCUUAUUUCCAGUCUAAUUUUACACUGUAGCAGAACCAGAUGGCUGAGAAUAUUCUGGAACUAUGGAUCUUGACCCCAAGGAUAUAUUAUUUUAUUCCAAGAAAGAUCAGGUAGGCAAAAAGAUGACAGGAUGCAGAGUCAAUCCAUAAACUAAAUAUUUAUAACUGUUCUGAAUUAUACAGAGUCUAAAAAUAUGUGUCAGCUACUUCAUUCCUGUAAAUACUCUUGCUGUGUUAUAAAUAUGGCAAGAAAUAAUCAGGACCAAUAUCAGACUUCUUGAGGCUACUAUAAGUUUUGAGAAAUAAGGUUCAAAAAAUAAGAAUGCUAACACUUAAGCACAGACUAGAGCUUGUUUGGGUUUCUUCCUGCAUUACAAGGUAAAAAUUUGUUAAUGUUUGUUUUUAUUCAGCUUGGGAAAGCUUUGUGCCAUGAAUAGGUCGCAUUUAGUAACAAGCAACACAAGGCAUAUAGAAAUAACUUUAAUUAAAAAACUUACAUAGAAGAUUAUAAUAUCAGACGUGACAAAGAUUUGAGUUUAUUUGCCUGGACAACUUGGGUUUGUCUGGCUUUUGUUUUCUUUUUCUUUAAAAAUAAAUGUACAGUAAAACUCCAAGCAAAA